AUGGCACAUCGAAUACGUCGUAGUUCAAUGGAACGUUUAAAACUUUACGACUUAGAUAAUUUAAAAUUUUCAUCAUCAAAUCGUGAAUUACCUCCACCUUUACCACCUCCACGUAAAUAUCGACGCCAUCGACCACCAGCAAGUCAAACAUUCGAACAUUAUCAUUUUCUUUGUAAUAUGAAA